UAGUAAACCAAAGUGCUCAUGCAUGGUAAAGCACUUCAUAUGGGACUGGGAUUUUGAGUGUUAAAAUCGGAUUUUGAUUGAUUUUGAUCACAAAGCCAGCAGGAUCUCAACAGAAACAUGUCUAAGAAGAGGAAAAGGCAGGACGAUUUCCAAAAAGUGAAGCUAAAAGUUGGAAAGAAGAAGCCCAAAGCUGAGAAUUCAACUAACACGAAUUUCAGAUCGAAAAGCAUUCAUUUACCAGAUCAGCUGAAGAGCAGCGACGGUGGACCGACUACUCACAGACAACUCGGCAUUAAGGACCUGAUAUCUCAGCUGCACCACUACAGCAGCAGCGUCAAGCAGAACGCUCUCGUCGGUCUCUGCGAGCUGCUUUCGGCUCACCCGUCCCUACUCGAGCAGCACGCGUCAGUCGUUCUCGCAGAGGUUGCCGCGCUCUUCACCGAUAAAGAUGGCACGGUGCGGCAGGCCAGUACACGUCUCCUGCGCUUGGUGGCCCAGAGUAUGCUCGCCGAGCGUGUGGCACCAUUCUUUCCACUUCUGGGAGCCCAUCUGUCAUGCGCUAUGACCCACGUCUCAACAGGCAUUCAGGAGGACGCGCUGAGGGUGCUUGAUGUACUCCUGGAACAUUAUCCCGCUCUGUUAGCACAGAGCCACAGUGUCCUGCUCGGCAAUUUCCUGGAGCUGAUUUCACAGAGGCGCAUGAGUGGGGGGACAGGGAAGGGUGGAAUGAUUGGGAAAGGAAACUAUGCACUUUCCAUCAGCACCGGUCGUGCUGUAACAGCACAGAAGUGGAGACUCACCGUUCUGCUCAGGUUAGGACGAUUUCUGCAGGCAGUAGUGGAGGAGAGACCUACAGAAGAUGGUGGUGCAUGUGGAAGUGGAUUUGGCAUGUGGACUGGAGAGAAAGGACUGGUCACACCUGUAGAAAUCAGCUGGGAGGAGCAGAUCUUCAGUAAAGAGCGAAUCCAAGUGUUCGAGAAUUCUGGUGCCAAACCCACACCCCACUCCACCUUUCGGCUAAGGCCAGAUUUGGAGUCUGGAACUGGUGUGACUGAGGGGCUGUGCUCAGCAGAGAUGGUGCAGGGCUUUGCAGGUACGCUGGUUCCUCUGUUGCUGGAGAUGUGGGUGGAAGCAAUGGGUGGAGGCAAAGCUCAAACUGACAGUGGGAACCUGCUCUCAGAGGAAGCCAUGGCACUCAUGUUUCAGAUCCUCACCAUACUUCAGCUCCUGAGACGUCUUGCACCUCAGAAGGACCAGCAGGAUAUACUGGAUGCCUGGUUUCGAAACUCAUACCUGAGUGACUUCAAGCAGCACUUCAUGAAGAAUUUUCCCUACAGUUCGCUGGCGGUGAUCAGGCACAAGAAAAAAAGUGAAGCAAAAAGGAGCCGCCUGCAGGUGGCGGCCGCAGUAAAUGGCACAGGAAACGUCGAGCCUCUGGCUCUAAACGUCAUGCUUUGCCAGGUGAUGGUGACGCUCUGCCUGAGGGGGCGGGACCACGUUGCUGCCCAAGACGCUGACUGGCUCGGACCGAUCCGAGCCUUCGUCACAGACACUCUGUCCGGUGGGGGAAAACUGAACUCCAAGCACCUUGGUGCCCUGUUGGAGGUGGUUUGGAGGAUGGUUGUAACUCAGCGAAGCCGUGCAGUGACUGAGGAGCUACUACAGGCUGUCUACCUCCAGUAUCAGCAGAAGAACCUGGGGCUGACCGUACGCACCCUGCUGCUUCGUUUCUUCAGUCAACUCUACAUACAGGAACAUCAGAACCAGCCUCACAUUGGAAGGAGCAGGAUUUUGGCACGCUGGUUGGGGUCGUUGCCUCUGCAGUUGGUCCAGUUGGGCAGCCGCAAUCUUCAGCUGUCUGCACAGCUCCUGCCGACGAUGCAGUCAGCUGCAGCAUGGGGCAAUAAAGACCUGCUGAAAAGCCUGCAGAUGUAUGCACCCAGCCUUUAUGAUCCUCAGGAGGGCUGUGUGGUGUUGUUGCCAGCAGAUCAGCAGCAGCGCUUGAUUCACAUCCUCUACUUCCUGCCGACUUUUCCCGCUGAUAUUCUAGCCUGCCUCAGCCAAGUGUGUAAUGUCGGAAGGGUUUCUGCCAGCCUCGCAGGCACGCUCAUCCGCAUCGUAAACCUGAGGUCUCCUCGGAGUGGCUGGUCGAACAGUUCACAGGAUAUGGCAAUGCGGGACGUGGACUACCUCAGUUUCCUUUUCUCCACCCUGACAGGCUUUUCCUCCGAAGUUCUUCAGACUCUACAGCCGGACGAUGAGGAUGAUGACAGUUUGCUACCCUCAUCUUCGCUCUCUCCGCUCAACGUGUUUUCCACACCACUCGAGCAGUUCACACACCACUGGGACGUGGUGGAGGAAGUCUGUCACUGUUUGGAGACGUUGGGCUCUCGAACACAGUGUUUUGAAAUCUUACAGAAUGCCAUCGUCGAGAACCUGAGAGCGUUGGUGGUGGUGCCGGACUGUAUGUGCGCUGCCCUGUUAAGGUGUAUCCCACGCUUGCUGGAUCACAACUCGCUGCCCAGUGACAUGCUUCUAGCCUUCCUGUCCGACUGCUGUCUGAGCAUGCUCUGUCUGCUGCUGCAGCUGGAGCAAAGCGCCCGCAAGAGGGAUGCUGUAUGGGAGGCGUGCUUUGCAGCACUGAGCUCAGUCCCACGUCUUUUGCGAUUGGUCCUGCAGUCCAUUCGUGUGUGUGACCUGUUCGAGGACGAGCUUCCUCUGCUGGCUCAGAUUCUUUCGUUGCUUCUGCAACACUCUCAGCUUCGCAGCCAGAUCGUUGCAAAUGCUGCGCUGCUGCAGACCAUCAUCCAAGAUCUAACGCGAUCCCAUGGCGGAAAGACUCGAAAGCAGUGGCUGAAUGACCUGAUGUACUGUUACAGUGUGAUCUUCUCAAAUCACCGUGCCAAUAUAGCCAUGAGGGAUGCCUACUAGCUAACCUCCAGAGCGGCUGUAUUCAUCCUUACUUCCUUCUUACUUUGUUCAGCUUUUCUUUGUUUUUGUUAAAUAUAAUGCUUUUUUUUUCCCAAAUAAACUUGUUGGUAUAAUUAAAA